UUUGAACUCUAAGAAUUGAGAAAGAGGACAAAAUCAAGGCGUUGACACUGAAAAUUUUGUCUAAAGGGUCACCCAACCCCUUCAUACUCCCUUAACAGGCGCGUAGCUAGAAGAGUUUUUCAAAACGUUUAAAGGGAGACAAGACCCUCCUGGCUACGCAUCUGUCCCUUAAUAAAAUGUAAAUAAUACAAUAUUCCAUGUUUAGUCACCCUUAUGUCAAUCACUCAAACAUAUUUCCAUUGAGUUUCUUUUAUUAAUAUGUUUCAGUCAAUACGAUUCCCUCAAGUGAGAAACAAUUUCGUUUAAAGUUGGAUUCAUUUUUUCAUGUAAACUAAAAAUCUCAUCAGUUCCUCAACAAGAUGGAAACUUUUGCCAUCACAUCAAUCAUAAUUUUAUUCUUUCAUCAAGAAAAAAAACUCCGAAAAUUUCACCUAUUAGCGGUGAUUUUAAGCGUACUUCUCGGCGACAUUGAAAUAUUUUUGGCAUUUUUGGCAUCGUUUUGCUUUUUGAAUGACGAUUGUAGACAUAAAAUUGAUCGCAACUUGACUAAAUUUUGUGAUGAAAUCGGCAGACUAAUUUGCAAACAAUUCAUCCAAGCCUUAAAAAUGGUUCUAAAGUUGUCGCUUUAUGCGAGUAAAUUUGUCAUUCAAAAGACCUUUUGCAUCACUUUUGACGCUUUAAAGUUCCUUUAUCGUCAAAUUGCAGCAUAAAAUGUCACAAUGAAGUAUUUCGGGGGGGGGGGGGGGUUCUAAUAGAAACCUGGAUUAAUAAAAACCUGGCUUAAUAAAGACUUUAAUAAAAAAUUGAGUUUAAAAUUUUAUUUCAUUUUUUAUAAAGACGCUCUUAUUUCAUUAAGGGGUCGUUCAUUUAUGACGUAACGCUUCAACGGUUCAAACAAAAGAAAUUGUUUCAUUAAAAUUUUUUUUAAUUGGGAGGGGGGUUUAAGAAGUAUUUUUUUGCGUUACGUAAUAAGUGAAGGAUCCCAAUAAGAAGAAAAGGCAAAUAAAAAGUUUCUCGCUUCACUUUUGCUUAUACAUUCGAACCGGCUAAAAGAUAAAAUCUUAGAAUGUGAUUGUGUGAAAAUUAUUCACAAUUGAUUCAAAUGCAUUGAAAAAGUGAUAAUGGUGCUGAAGUUUGCAUGCUGUAUUUUAUUUAAAUUUGUGUCUUUGAAUUUGUUGAGGAUAACCAUCUUUUCAUGUCUUUAUUGAAUAAGCUUAAUAGCUUUUCAAAAGAUUUUUCUUUGGAUUGGUCUCAUUUCUGGAACUUAAUUAAAUCAAUGUUGUUCACCUUCAUAAAUGACGUCCAUGAAAAUUAAGACAACAUAUCUUCUUGGAGCUUAUUCAGUAUGUUUUCGAGAAAUAGGGAGGAGGAAGUGGGGGGAUGGGGGGGUGGAUGAUGAAAUUUUAUUUUGUCAAAUAUUUAGGGGUCUCUCCUCUUGAACCUUAGACGUCAUAAGUGAAAUACCCCUGAAGAAAUUAUUCAAAAAGGAGGGAUAGCUUAUUUUUCCUGAUUCCUGAUAUUUUCAGUUGACCUCAUAAGCUUCAUUGUAUAAAUUCAUAUCCAAAUUCCAAUACACAAAAAAGCAUAAAUAUUCCAUAUAAGGUCACCCUACACAGGCGCGCGUUAUGUUUGAAUGUAUGCAUGUUUAUGUUUGCAAACAAUUUCUUUUGAAUACAUUCGCAUUUUCAUAUUCCAAUUAUUUUUAUCAGUAGAGAUUGCUUUGCUGCAUUUACUGCAGCUAUUAAAAGUCAAUCUCAGUAAUUAAGCCUCAAUUCUCCAGAGCAUUUAAAGAUGUCGUCGCAGUUAGAAAUAAUUUCAACAACCUCAAAAUUUGAGUUCGAUCAGCUAUCAUUGCCGUACGUGUCUGCAACGUAUUUGUUCUUCCUGUAUAUCGUCACUUGUUGCAAUGGAGAAUUACCACUAAUGUUAUUGCCAAUUUUUCUUUAUUUGUUUUUCAACUACACAAUGAACUUUUUGACUGGACUCAUGCUUGUUUAUGGUGUAAAACUGGUGAUCGACACUUAUUGCUGGAUUAAUAAUAUUCCAAGAAUUGAACAAAAAUCUGGUAGAUUUUAUUACAGGAGUUCCAAUAACAGUACAAGAUGGAACUCAAGACAGAAUAAUAACAAUAAUUUCCAGAUCAGCAGAACCAAUCAGUUUCAUAACUCCAACAGACGUAGAACUAACAAUAAUACCUGUAAUUUUGAUAAACUUAAGUCCAUCCUUGAAAAGCUAAUUUUGAUUUUAUGGAAUAUUUUAAAACAUUUAUUCUCAUGGAUAAUCACCAAAAUAUCAGAAUUCAAUGAAGAGCAAGUUGAAUAUGAAAAUGAGUCAGGCUGGUCAGCCCUUGGCAACUAUGGUAUUCCUCUACUCCCACCAUAUAUAAUGACAGCAUCAAUCAAUGAAUUGGAAAAGAAGUUAUUAAAGCCAAAAAAUAAAACAAAUUUUCUAAAAGAAAUUGGAUAUUUCAUCUCACCAUCAAGAGGAACUGAUAAGACAUUCUACAGCAAAAUAGUUUUCUCAUUGACUGAACACUUGAGAGAUAAUGUUCCUGAGAUUGCCGCAUGGAAAGCUACACCAACAACAGCUAAAAGCAUUUCUAAAAUGAUUAAAGAUAAAAUUGACAGAGAACCCAAGGAACAACAUCCACAUUGGGAUCGCAUAGGAAAAGCUUACAAAAUAUUAGCAAAAUGGAUGAACAAGAGACAAUUGGAACUUAAAAGGCUGUCAAAUGAUGAAGUUAUUAAGUCAAUCAAUCUGUCAAGCUCGAUGGGGAUGCAGGAAAAGACAAUCAUGGAUAAAUUUUUACUGCAUAAGUUCGAGACUCUCAAAGAAUAUGUUGAAUACAAGACAAAUGGACAUUACUUGUGGCAGGAGCGUGUCGAAUGGUUUAAAGAGUCUCUAGAAAAAGGAGAACCAAUGUUUGGUAUUUUUAAAACAACCGCAAAGGCUGAGAAGAAAAAUAAAAAUUUGGACAAAGCAAAUCGGUUAAUAUGGUACUUACCAGCUACGGCUAGGAUAUUUGAGGCUCAAGUUUUUGGAGGACAUGAGGAUAUUUUAAGAAUGCUGCCGUAUUCAGUGUCAGGUAUGCCACAAUACGACUAUGGCGAGAAGCUGGCUGAAAUAAUGCACCAAAAUUCAAGAAAAGCAAUUUGCAACGACAUUUCAGGUUGGGACACCCGCGUAUCUUAUGGACUUUUGUGCCAUGAAGCAAACUUCCUACGAAACAUAACAAAUGAUGAAUCUCUUAAGAAAGACAUAACUAAUCUCUACAGACUCUAUGCAAAUGCACAUGUCAUGAUAGCCAGAGAAGGAAUGUUUAGUGACGAAACUGCAAUUUACAAGCUAAGGGGUCAAGUUGCAUCAGGAAGAAGAACAACUUACGUAAUGAAUACGAUAACCAACACAGUCGUGUCCAUGUGUGCUGCUGCAUACUCUUAUGGAAUUCAUGAUUCCAACUUUGAAAAAUGGAUGCUUAAUUGUUUGUUCAAAGGACAUACGGAUGAUUUUGGCGGGAAAAUUUCUGGUGAUGAUUCCGUGCUGAUUUUUGGAGAAAGGCAGGCUAGCCUGUAUUCAAAAUAUGCUCACAAAUUUUUGAAUGAAAUUGGGUUGAUUCGUAAGAAUUUGAAACUUGACGAGGACUCUAAAAUUAUCGACAACAUGGAGGACAUAAACUUUUGCUCAAAAAAUUUCGUAAAAGUUAAGUACGGCAGGAACAGAAUUGAAAGAUGGAUGCCAGUAAAAUCAGUCCAAGAAAUCAUCGGCAAAGCUUGCAUUAUGCUUGAUAAACCAAAAGACGAAAAGACUGCAGAAGCUUGGGCUCGAAUUCAAGGACUAGAACUACUUGUUUACUAUCAUCACAUUCCAGAAGUUAAAGCUUUGGCAUUAGCUCUCCUCUCAUGCACAAGUAAGGAACUAAAGUUAGAAUCUCUGUCUACUGGUUGGAAGCACUUGCCAAAUCACUGCUUAGAAGAACCUAAUCCACUUAAAAUUAUUAAUAAAUGCCUGUUUGGAAUGUCAACUAAGGUCCAAAAAUUCAGAAACUGCAAAGAAAAUGUUGUUGAAAACUGGUCAGAUUUGGGUGAACUUGAUGGAAAAGCAAGAAGCAGAUUUGGGGAUAUUGGUAAUAAGAUUAUACAGGACUGGUACAAGUCAAUUCCGUUGGAGAUUCAGAAAAAACGAAAGCACAAAAAUGAUCAUCUUUAUGAAGAUUUGAAUAACAAUAUGAAGGAAAUUCAGAAUGAAAAUUUAAAUCUCGAUUUUGUUAAUAAAUUAAGGAUCAUUAAAGGUUUGUUUAACAGAGCUUUUGGUCAAUACUUUUAAAGGGGGUGAGGAAGGAAUUGGAACAGACCUUCCUGGCUACGCCUAGGGGUUAAGGUCUUAAAUGAUUAAUUUACUUUAUGAAGACAUUUUAAAGACAUGGUUUAGCAAUUUAGCAAAGAUUUGAAGGGGUUAGGGAGAAUUGUAUUGGAUUUAAAAGGUUUUAGGGGGUCAAAAAGUUUUGAGGGGUCAAAAAACGAUUUAAACAAGUCAAAAGAAGAUUGAAGGAAGUCAAAAAAUCGUUAAAGGGUCAAAAAAGAAUUCAUGAUGUUCCGAGAAAAGUUCAAGAAGGUUCGAAGGGAUUUAAAAGGGGUGUACAAUUAAAAAAAGGGGUUCAAAAGGUACUGAAGGGAUAUUCCUGACUUAAAAAAAUUGUAAAAUUUAACAUUUUUUUAUAAAAAAGUUUUUUCUUUAUUAUUAUUACUUUUAUGUACAACAUAAGAAUAUUUUUUGUCUUAAUAAAUGCAAAACGAAUUUAACUACCCAGGUUUUCUUACUAAUUUUAUAUCGACACAUAAGUUUCAUAGUAAAAAAAUAGACAACACAUAAAAAGUUUUGAUGCUAAUUUUACGUGGAUAAACUUAAAGAAAACAACCGAAAAAAAAUAUUUUUUGUCUAAAUUUGAUUUUUUUUUAAUUCAAAAGUAAGAUUUUGAAUUUUUAGAGGUAAAAAUUGUUUUUAUUUUUGACAUUUUUGUGGAUUUUGUGAAGAUUGAGGGCUUGGGUGGAUGAUGUGAACUAAGGUAUAGUCUUCUAAUGAGGUUGUGCAUUCUAGUUUAACACAUAAUGGCUUACUAGGCUCACUAGACUAGUAGGUUUUAACCUGGUUUAUCCAAAAUACAAUGUGUUUUUAAAUUAACACCCCAAGACAGAUGUUCUGAAUUUUUAAAUACCAAACACACCCCUGGCUUUAGACUCCUGGCUUCACUCCUUUUAGUUUUAAGGUUCGGAAAAUUAUUCUUUUAAAUUAUUAAAAUUUAACCAAAAGUUUGAAUCCUGCUAAAUUCCAUUGAUAUUUUUCGUUAUCAUAAUUUUUUUAAAUUACUUCCACAAAUUUACUCGAAAUUGUUUUUGAUAAUUUUGACUUGUUGAUUUAAUAUUAAAAUCUAUCUCACUCGACGUGACUAUAUGUUGGAAAAUCAGCUACUUCGACUUUGUUAUUCACUUUAAAUGAUGGGAAAAGUCCAUUUUGCUAAAAUUAAAAUUGAUAAUAAUCAGCUAAAUCUCAAAGACUAGAGUUGUAUCAUCAAUUAAGUAUGCUUACAUUUGUUCUAGCAUUUUUGCCUUUUGAAAAUCCAUUCCAGUGAUUACCAGCGAUUCCUAUCAGAUCGCCAGUCUUGAUUUGAAUUUGCUCGGCGCUCUUUGGUUGAUGAUCCAUAACACUUAUCACGUUAUGGGCAUUUUGACCACCAUAAUAAUAAAUAUCAUCUAAUGACUUAAAUUUACUCGAUGCAUCUGGAUACAAUGUUUGCAUUAUCUGGAAG